GGAAACAUGGAGGUAGAUCGGGAUCAUGUACCGGAGGGAAUGAGGACAGAACCUCCUGGGCUGGAGUUGAUGAAGGAUCUUAUGUCAGGCAAGGUUAUCUACAGGAACCUCAUGGGGAUUCUUAUGAUGGGUGUAGAACAAGCGCUGGACGAGAGAGCGGAGCAGAGGUGGGGAGUAGUGGUUGAAGAGGCUGUGAAACUAUGCCUGCAAAUCUUGGUUCUGGCCUUCAGUAAGGAUUCUAUGCUUGCAGAGAUGUGGCGCCCAACAUACCAG